GGGCCCGGGCAGGCGCAGUGUCCUCCAGGCCCCCGCGGUCAGGACGCCCUGCGCCCAGCCUGCACCUCAGGAGCCCAUGUCCGGCCUGCACUCACCAUGAAGAGGGCUCAGCUGCUUGCCGGCCUGGCCGUGCUGUCGCUGCUCCUGCCCGCGCGUCCUCAGCAGACGCCCGAGGACGCCUGCUCCCUGCAGAUCCUCGUGCCCGGCCUCAAAGGGGAUGCUGGAGAGAAGGGAGACAAGGGCGCGCCCGGCCGGCCGGGAAGAGUGGGCCCCACGGGAGAGAAAGGCGACUCGGGUGACAAAGGGCAGAAGGGCAGCGUGGGCCGCCACGGGAAGAUAGGCCCCAUCGGCUCCAAAGGCGAGAAGGGGGACGCCGGCGACGCAGGACCUCCCGGCCCCGGUGGAGAACCAGGCCUCCCCUGCGAGUGCAGCCAGCUGCGGAAGGCCGUCGGGGAGAUGGACAACCAGGUCACCCAGCUGACCGCCGAGCUGAAAUUCAUAAAAAGCGCCGUGGCCGGCGUGCGCGAGUCCGAGCACAAGCUCUACCUGCUGGUGAAGGAGGAGAAGCGCUACGCGGACGCGCAGCUGGCCUGCCAGGGCCGCGGCGGCCACCUCGGCAUGCCCAAGGACGAGGCCGCCAACCGCCUGAUGGCCGCCUACCUGGCGCAGGCCGGCCUGGCGCGCGUCUUCAUCGGCAUCAACGACCUGGAGCGCGAGGGCACCUUCGUCUACGCCGACCGCUCGCCCAUGCAGACCUUCCAGCGCUGGCGCAGCGGCGAGCCCAACGACGCGGCCGACGGCGAGGACUGCGUGGAGCUGGAGGCCUCGGGCGGCUGGAACGACGUGGCCUGCCACGCCGCGCUGCACUUCCUCUGCGAGUUCGACAAGGAGCGCGUGUGA